UUUAAUCAGGCGGGGUCCUGACGUCCGGACAGUCUUCAGUACUAAAAGUAAGAAGAACAUUUCCAGCUGAAGUGAAGUUUGGGACCAGCGUAUCUAACGCCCGCCCGCCGCGUUCCGGCUCUUUUUAACCACAAACCCGCAGCCAUCGACCCCAUGGAGGCCGUCCGGGCGACCCUGUGCGCCCUGUCCGUGUUCGGAGCCCUGUUCCCGGGGAGGAGCGCGGUGCUGGCUUCCUUCUCCCAGUCUCUGGACAGCGACUUCACGUUCACGCUGCCCGCCGGCCGGAAGGAGUGUUUCUUCCAGACCAUGAAGAAGGACGCCUCGCUGGAGAUCGAGUACCAGGUAUUGGACGGCUCAGGGCUCGAUGUAGAUUUCUUCAUCACCUCUCCUGCUGGCCAGGUGGUGUUCAGCGACUAUCGCAAGUCGGACGGAGUUCACACCGUGGUGGACACCGAGGACGGAGACUACAUGUUCUGCUUCGACAACACGUUCAGCGCCGUCUCCGAGAAGCUCGUCUUCUUCGAGCUGAUCCUGGACAACAUGGAGCGAGACGACGAGGUGGAGGACUGGAAGGAGUACGUCCAGGGAACCGACGUGCUGGACAUGAAGCUGGAGGACAUCAUGGACACCAUCAACAACGUGAAGGCUCGCCUGGGGAAGAGCGUGCACAUCCAGACGGUGCUUCGGGCCUUCGAGGCUCGAGACCGCAACAUCCAGGAGAGCAACUUCGACCGGGUCAACUUCUGGUCGGUGGUGAAUGUGGUCGUCAUGACGAUGAUCUCUGCAGUUCAGGUCUACCUGGUCCGCUCGCUGUUUGAGGACAAGAGGAAGCUCCGCACAUAACGGGGGAGAGAUUGGCUGACGAUGUCACACACACACACACACACACACACACAGAGUUACUGCCCCCCCCCCGACCUCUCUGCUGCAGCAUGAACUCGUAGGAUGUGGCAUCGUUUGUCGUCACAAUGUUACUGAGACAAAUGCUGCCAAACAAACAAACAAACAAAGUCCUUGUUUCUCUGGACGUGUUUUAGGAGGAACAAGGACGCGUGAUAUAACAUGAGUUUAUAUUUCUCUGCCAAACAAGAGUGGGAAGUCCCAUCUACUCAAUGUGUCUUGUAUGUUACCAUGGCGACGGGCUCCCUUUUCUGUGGACGGGUCUGUUCGAUGAACCCUGGCGCACAGGACAUCUCUUAAGGACCACUGCCCCCCCACGUCAAGCCUCACUGCUGCCACUGACAGGUGUCCUGUGUGAAGAUGUCUCCUUCUGUGCCAGGGACACCUGGAGGGUCGUGACCUCUGCGACGCGGCGGCGCUGCUCCCUUUGAAGUGUCCGUUCUCCACCUUUUUUAUCUCUACAUUUCCUUUGAUUUUCAUGUUCUACAAACCAUCGACACAGAGUUGCCUCUGAGGCCACAGAGCGACGUGUCCCUGGUCCUUGUCCUCUCCCUGGUCCUCCUGCUCUCAGGUCAACACAGCGGAUGAGCGGGUCCAGUCUGUCCUCUGGAGGACAGCUCAUUGGUGCCUUGUGGUCUUGUUGUUCCAGUGAGCUCUGCAUGUCACGGAUGAAGAGCACGUCUUCAUCGUUCACAGCGAGAAGCUUCAGGCAGACAUUUUGUUCUUCUAAUAUAAACACGGAGGAAAUUGAUUUCUUGUUUGAUGGCUACGAGAUGUAAAACAAUUAUCUCUGUAAAUGCUUAAACUAGCACACAUGUUAUAACGAAAUGCCUCAUUUACACAUUUAAAAGCCAACUUAUGGAAAACAUGCAGUAUAUUAAUAUUGGGUUACAUUAACGUGUGUGUGUGUGUGUGUGUGUCUAUUCGACCUUUUAACAGCCUCCCGAUGGUGUGUAACUGAACAGUGAGUCUUUUGAAGUGAAUGUUCAUAUUUUGGGUUUCUGGGAUAAAAUAUGAUGUCAUGAUCUUCAUCAUCUGCCUCAGUUUAAGUGAUUAUGCACAUUAUGUUGCUACUUUCAGCACUGUGUUGAGUCUAUAAGUGAUGGAUUGGCAAUAUUAAGUUUCUGACCUAUUUUAAAGGAGUUCAAUGUUCUACAAAAAUAAAAGAUAUCAAAUAUUUAAAAUAUA